CUGCAACAGACGAAAGGAACACAGAAACAAGAUUUAAGUUUUCUUAACGAAGCUUCACCCAUUUAUGUCACAUCGUUUACAAGCAAUCAAAUCACUUGUAGCAGUUCAACGGUGACAACAGCAACAGCAGCAACUGCAGGCCUUAUAACAUCAUCAACCAUAGCACCAACACCAUCGGCAACAACGAUAGCCACCACAACAACAGCAGCAAUUGUAACAGCAACAGCAACAACAAAUGUGCCCGAUAAGAAUGCCAAUAAAACGACAUCAGCAAUCGUGAAUGCAGCAGUUGCAGCAACAAAAUUAGCUAAUCACAAUAUAUAUCAAAGUCAACAACUAGCACAGCAACACCAACAACAGCAGCAACAGAACACCAAAAUCACACCAACAGGUAAACAACAAUUACAUCCGACAAAAUCUUUGUUAGCUAGCAGUUUGCAACAUUUAGCUUUAGCCGAAGAGGAAGAUGAUGACGAUGAUUUAGGUGUGGGCGGUGCAAAUUAUUGUAGUAUUAAUUAUAUUAAUUAUAAUAAGAAAGAUGCACCACUGCUAACAGCAGCAACAACGGUGGCAGGUAGCGUUACAGCAACGAAUCAACAACACAUACCACAGCAACACCAGUCGCCACAACCAAAACCGCAACAAUCGCAGCAAACACAGCAACAAGAGCAACCGUCGCACUUACAACAGUCACAGCAGUUACAGCAGUUACAGCAUCCGCAACAUCAUUAUCAGCGGCCCCCGCCAUUAAAUAUUCCCAGCACAAUACUCGUCGAUGCACAAACUUCUACUUCGCCCCUAUCAGCAACAAAAAUUGUUGAUACUGUUGAUGGCACAACAACACCAACUACUGAGUAUUCAACAGCAAUAUCCAGUAGUCAUUUACAACAGGCUUUUGCUGCAGCAGCAGCACAUGUUGAACAACAACAGCGGCAGCAGCAACAACAGCAACAGCUUUAUAAGCAAACACAACAUCAACAUCAACAGCAACAUCAUCAACAACAACAACAACAACAACAACAUUAUCGACAACCACAGCCAGCCACACAUACACAGUUGUAUAAUAACAAUAACAAUUUAGCAUCAGCAUAUUGUCAUCAACAACAAAAUCAGAGCAAUUUACCUUUAAAUUCUACUUUAAGUAAUAACAAUAAUAGCAAUAAUUUCUCAGCAACAGCAAAUGCAACCCUAAAAUCCGAAGCAACAAAUCAAACAACGACAACAACUGUUGGUACUGAUAUUGCUUAUAUUGGUGCUAAUCAUAAAACUUUUAUAACUAAGGCGGAUAUAGUCACAUCCUCGAUAAUUGCAAAUGCACCAGCAACUGCGAUAACAGCAGCGGCAGCAGCAGCAACUACUGGGGUUGGCGUCGGUACUGGUGCUGGUGUUGGAGCUGGUAUUAGUAUUGGCGGAUCUGCCAUAAACACUAAUCAAACGACUACCACCGCCGGAACGUUUGGUAGUAAUCUUAGUAAUAAUUGUGAUUUAUUAAUAUCGAAUAAUAUUCAUCCACCGAGACGAGAGUUACUAACUACACUUAACGAAGAUGCCAUAAUUGUUGAUGAUGUUGAUGUUGAAGAUAGUAACAACAAAACUUUAUUAAAUUCACUUUCAUACGAUAAGCAAAUACAAUUAAAAAGUAGUCCAAAUAGUAGCAUAUCAAAAGGAAGAACUGAACUUUUAUUAGGAGAUCAAACACUAAGACAGGAAAUACGGCCACGCCGUCGUUCGGGCUCAAGUAUAGUUGUGAUCGAUGGUGACGAUUUAAAACCAUGUUUACCGGACGACUACAUCAGUAGUCAACAUUAUCGACAACAUUCUGGUGAUAUUAAAGAGAUUGAUCAAGAAAUGUUGACAAUGCUUUCUGUCAAUCAAGAUAAUGGUCCACAUCGUGAGAUGGCUGUCGAUUGUCCAGAUACUUUUAUCGCACGUAAUAAGACACCACCACGUUAUCCACCACCCCGUCCACCGCAGCACCAGCAACAGUUACCAUUUAAAUCAGCAAGCACACAUAAUACACAACAACAAAUACAAUCGCAACAACAACAACAACAACAGUUGGGCAAACAGCAAACACAAAGUGUAAACCAAAACUCCAUAGCGACAAUAACAACAACAGCAACAACAACUGUUACAAAAACAACAACCACAUUAAACUCAUUAGAGAAACUAAAAUACAUAACGAGUAAUAAUCCGAAUGGCGGAAGCAUAGCACAUCCUUUGCAUAGCGAUGAACUAGAAAUUAUGGCCGAUGGCCUAUAUCGUAAGGGUUCAUCGUCGCAUUCCUCAUCGUAUGAUGAAGCGUUAAGCAAAAAAUCUUCGGAAUCAUUUGAUUCCAUAUCAUAUAACAAUUUGCAAAAUAAUAACAAUAAUAGCAAUAAUAGCAACAAUAAUAUGUCGACUUCGACCACAACAACAACGUCGUCAGCCUCGCCCAUAAAGCAGACAAACGGUGGCAUUGGCGCUAUGCAACGUGCCUGUGGCGAUGGUUCACUCAAUAGUACACGCAGUUCUAGCUCAUCAACUGCAAUUGCAGAUGAUGUUGUGGGCAUAGCACCACCAGAAUACACCGAAUUACGUGAAUUUUCCAAUUCUAAUAAAAAUAUUAGCUGCAAUUUUUCAACACACGUUGUUAAGCACCGUGAAUUGCCUGUGGAUGUGCCGGAUAGCUUCAUUGAAAUAAUCAAAACAACUCCACGUUAUCCGCCACCACCACAUUUAUCGUCUCUGUCAUCGCAAUUAUCGAAUUCCUCUGCCUCAACGGCAAAUACCGCAUUGAGCAAUAUCAAUACUUCGCUUGCUUCCACCAAUAGAGUUAGUCAUGUGACGCCUUCAGCUAGCGAUAAUUUUAAUGGUAUAACUAGUUUGGGUGCAGGUACUAACUCUGCAAUGGGUUUGUUAACAACUACCUUCUCUAAUUUGGAACAGUUUGCUCCAACAUUACAACAACAACAACAACAAGCAACACCAAAACUAAAACAGUUGGGAAAACAGAAAAGUUCAUUGUCGACCUCAUCUUGUGGUUCUUUGGAGGAUGUGCAAAAAUGUGGUUUGCAAUUUGCGAACACUGCAGUUAGGCAGCAAGCACAACCUCAAGUUCCAACAGCUACUAUGGAUGGAGACAACGUUUCUAAAAUGUCCUCUCAAAUUUUGACGACCAAACAUAAUAAUGAUGAGUUAAAUGGUUCCGUAAAACCAGUGCCACCUCCACGCGAUCAUUUGCGUGUCGAAAAAGAUGGUCGCUUGGUUAAUCAUCGUUCACCAGCGCCGCCACAAUUGCCCGAUCGACGCAUGGGAAACAAUGCGCAACCGCAGCAAAUUGCACAAAUUGUGGAACCAACAUUAGAACAAUUGGAUAGUAUCAAAAAAUAUCAGGAACAGUUACGAAGGCGAAGGGAAGAAGAGGAGCGAAUUGCGCAGCAAAAUGAAUUUCUGCGUGCAAGUUUACGUGGUUCACGUAAACUGAAGGCCUUACAGGAUAACAAAGCCGUGGCGCAGCAACAACAAACUGUGGCUGUGGAACGAGUCAGUGGUGUAGAAAAUGAAGCCUACAUGGAAGAUGAAGAAGCGGAAAAAAUUAAUGGGUAUGGCGAACUUUUAAGUGCACUAACAAGACUCCAGGGUCAGCUCUCCAAAAAUGGUAUGUCAACACUUGCUGGUCGAGUGUCGACAGCCCACAAUAUUUUGGCCGGUUCUGGUGUGGCGCAUGCUUUGGCAGCACGUACAGCAGUACUACAACGUCGUAGACCACGUGUUGCUAAUCCAGUGAGUACUGGAGCCAUUGAUUUGCAAAAGGAUAUCGUAGAGUUUCUAGCUCAAUCGAAUUCACCAACGGCCAUAGAGUUAGGAAAUUUGUUAACCAGUUAUGAAAUGGAAGGACUCUUAUUAGCGCAUGAUCGUGUAGCCACAUUAACAGAUGCAACGCCUUCACCGCUAUUAAGCGGUACAGGUAGUCCGCAAAUAACCGCAGCGACUGCAGUAACAGCGUCACUACCAAAACCAGCAAUUGUACGUGGCACAGCAGUAGCUCCACCGGUAGUGCCACCACCAAUGGCGCAACGUAGUGCCAUGCCUUUACCACAAAACAUCACAAAUCAACUUCCAGCAGGUUAUAUGAAGACCUCCUCAAUGCGACCUGACUCACCGCCACUAAGUGCCUGUUUUGGCACGCUAAACGAUCAAAACGAUACAACCAAUAUACGGAUUAUACAAAUCGAAAAGUCAACAGAACCACUCGGUGCCACAGUGCGUAAUGAAGGUGAGGCGGUGGUUAUUGGACGUAUAGUACGCGGUGGUGCCGCUGAAAAAUCUGGUCUACUGCAUGAAGGUGAUGAAAUACUCGAAGUAAAUGGUCAAGAAUUGCGUGGCAAAACAGUGAACGAAGUGUGUGCACUACUGGGCGCUAUGCAAGGAACAUUAACUUUCUUGAUUGUACCAGCUGGUAGUCCACCACCUGGUGGUGGUCAUCGUGAAAAUGCUGUGCUACAUGUGCGCGCUCAUUUCGAUUAUGAUCCAGAAGAUGAUUUGUAUAUACCAUGUCGGGAGUUGGGCAUCAGUUUUCAGAAAGGUGAUGUCCUGCAUGUUAUAUCACGUGAUGAUCCAAACUGGUGGCAAGCGUAUCGUGAGGGUGAAGAAGAUCAAACGCUAGCCGGCCUCAUACCUAGUCAAUCGUUUCAACAUCAGCGUGAAACAAUGAAACUGGCCAUUGCUGAAGAAGCCGGUCUGGCGCGUAAUCGUGGGAAGGAUAGUAGUAAGGGCGCUACGUUAUUGUGUGCACGAAAAGGACGAAAGAAAAAGAAGAAGGCCAGUUCUGAGGCGGGUUAUCCUUUAUAUGCGACAACAGCACCGGAUGAAACUGAUCCCGAAGAAAUUUUAACAUAUGAGGAAGUCGCUUUAUACUAUCCACGUGCCACACACAAACGUCCAAUUGUACUAAUUGGACCACCCAACAUUGGUCGCCACGAAUUGCGUCAACGUUUGAUGGCUGAUUCAGAACGAUUUUCAGCUGCAGUGCCACAUACUUCUCGAGCACGUCGUGAGGGAGAAGUGCCAGGCGUCGAUUAUCACUUCAUUACUAGACAAGCAUUCGAAGCAGAUAUAUUGGCGCGUCGUUUUGUUGAGCAUGGUGAAUAUGAAAAGGCUUACUAUGGCACAUCACUUGAAGCUAUAAGAACAGUUGUCGCUAGUGGUAAAAUUUGUGUUUUGAACUUACAUCCACAGAGUUUAAAACUGCUACGGGCUUCCGAUUUGAAACCUUACGUUGUAUUGGUAGCGCCACCAAGUUUAGAUAAAUUAAGACAAAAGAAACUUAGAAAUGGUGAACCAUUUAAGGAAGAAGAGCUUAAAGAUAUUAUUGCAACCGCUCGUGAUAUGGAGGCACGUUGGGGUCACUUAUUCGAUAUGAUAAUCAUCAAUAAUGAUACGGAACGUGCGUAUCAUCAACUUUUGGCCGAAAUCAAUUCUCUGGAACGUGAACCACAAUGGGUGCCAGCGAGUUGGGUGCAUAAUAAUCGUGACGAGUCAUAAUUUGUUAAAUUUAGUUUAGUUAAAGGAAUAAAUAAGAGCUAACACAAAAUUAAAAAAAUAAAUCA